UAUCUCACGUAGUUUCCAAGAUGUCCAUUUAUUAUUUCCACAGAGAUAAAGAUUUCUGGAAAACACUCUCCGUGAAUCUCGAAAGAUUAUCAAUCAAACCGAGAAAUAUUUACCAUUCACGAGAAUCGUACCUAUCGGAUAAUGUAGGAGUUACCUUAUAGUUAUUUUCUAUAGAAAGAGAAGACAAUAAUGAUGACUAUCCUGAAUUUUUAAUGAAAAAUUGUUAUCUACAUCAAACUCUCAAUCAUUUCAUCUGAUUCGCAAUUUGAAUACAAUUCAAAACUGCGUUGCUUAUCUUAAAAUCUCGAGUACCCUAACACCUGUAUUUGACAAUAUAUACAAAGAUAUCCAUAUUAAUGCCUUCAGUUGCUUCAAGCCGGCAUCAUCAGACUGAGACACCACCAUGAUGUUCAAAUUCUCGCUGGCCAUUUUCCUUCUGGCGCCAAUCGUAAGUUCUUCGAGAAUUUUGGGUAUCAUACCAACGCCCUCAUACAGCCACCAGAUAGCCUUUCACUCGAUUUGGAAGGCCCUAGCCCUGAAGGGCCACGAUGUUGUAGUGAUAACAACGGAUCCAGUGGGCGAUAAGAACGUGACCAAUCUACGAGAGAUUGAUGUGCAUUCAUCGUACAAGUACGCUGACGAAAUCCACAACAACAUAGAAAACUUGACACCUUUGAAUAUCAUAAGGUCUUACCAAAACUCUUUGAACAAAGCUGUGGAUAACCAGUUGCGAGAGCCUCUAGUUAGAAACCUCAUCAAAGGUUCCGAAACUUUCGACGUGGUUCUGGUGGAAAGUAUGUGUCCGGAGUAUCUGGCGUUCGCAGAACUUUACAACACCCCGAAGAUCCUGGUAGGUUCAAUGGAAACGCAGAGUAUAGUGCAUGCUGCUAUGGGCAAUACUAUUCACCCUAUUUUGUAUCCAGAAUACUUUUUACCGUAUUAUGGCGAACUCGGUUUCUUUGAACGUUUUGUCAGCAGCAUCUUCUUGCUCUACGUGAAUUACUAUAGGAUCCAGGAAUUGUUUCCAGUGAAAGAUUUGAUGGUGAAGAAGCAUUUUGGAGAUUCUAUUCCACCCAUAUCUCAAAUGUUGAAGGAUGUGGAUAUGCUGCUUCUGAAUGUUAAUCCAGUUUUGGAACCUGUUAGGCCCCAUGGUCCUAAUACGAUAUAUUAUGGUGGAGGGGUGCAUCUACGUGAAGCUGAGCCUUUGCCAGAGGACCUGAAAACUUAUUUAGACAGUGCUACCGAAGGCGCUAUCUACAUUAGUUUUGGUACCCACGUGAACCACCAUGCACUAAAACCUGAGAAGAUUUCAGUGAUUAUUGAAACUGUUCGUGACCUGCCAUACAAAAUUUUAUGGAAAAGUGAUAUGGAAUAUGUUCCAGAGGAUAUUGGCAAUGUUAAAUUGAUAAAAUGGGCACCACAACAAGAUGUUUUGAGACAUCCGAACAUCAAAUUAUUCAUCACCCAGGGAGGUCUACAAUCGUUAGAGGAAGCUGUAUUCAGUCAUGUUCCAAUGGUGGUACUACCUUUCUUUGGCGAUCAGAUGAGAAAUGCUAAAAGAAUAGUCGCCAAAGGCAUUGGCCAGACUGUGCAACACAAUCCGAAUCUGGUGAAAGCUGAUUUUCGUUCAGCCAUCGACGAAGUAAUCACUAAUCAAUCGUACAAAGAAAAUGUGAAAAAACUCGCCACCUUGGCACGGGACCAACCUAUGGUAGGAGUGGACACUGUGAUUUGGUGGGUAGAAUAUGUUAUCAGGAACAGAGGUGCGAAGCACUUCAAGAAUGCCAUUGUAGAUUUACCACUCUACCAAUAUUUCUUCCUGGACGUCAUUGCGGUUAUCGUGGUCGUGAUCUCGAUUCUGGUUUAUUUAGUAUGGAAGUUGACCACAUCUUUGAAGAGGAAAUUGUUUGGCAGAGGAGAGGAAAGAGUUAAACUUGACUGACAUCAGGCACCGAAUAUAAUAUUUGAAAAUUCGUAAAUCGAAUAUACGAGGUGAUUCAGUGUCAAGUUCCAUAAAUUGAAGGCUUGCAGGCAAAGCAAGAUCAUGAAGGAAGUUCAGAUGAAUCCUUCCUUGAAAUAUACUUAUGGUGUUUAUGUGGCGGUUGACGAACAGUGUUGUUAUUAUAUCUUGUCGCGAAGUGGACCCACGAUUCUGAUUCUCUGUAAUUGUGAAUUUUAAAAUAGGCAAACAUUGGAAAAAGAGCUUGUAACUUAAUUACUUUGUAUAGUAAUUCUCAGAACAAUAUUGUAUCGUUCUAUUAUUUUUUCCACCACUAGCUAUAAAACCUACCAUUAUUUACUCUUUUUCAAGGCGUAAAGUGUCAAUAAAGACAUAGCCACCCACCUCUUUUGUAAUUAACCUGAAUUCACUGUUGUUAUGGCGAUUUUCGCAGGAAUAGCACUCGAAUCUAGUAGGUAUUCAUCAAUAACGAGUUAUUUCCCUUGGUUCUCACGAUGUUCUCUGAACAUCACAGGAUAUCCUUUUUCGUGGGAACCAGAACAU